UUUUUACAUCAUCAGUUAGUAAAAUAUUAUGUAUUUUUAUAGUUUAAACUAGCCAACAGUACAUAAAGUAGUCAAUAUUAGCUCCAUUUAAAUGUUGUUAGUAUUAGUAAUAUAGUAAUGCAAGAUAUAUUCUCUAAAAGGAAAAGAUUUACAGAAUGAGUACUUUGACUGUAUUCCAAUUUUGAAUGCAGUUCUUUUACUUACAAUGAAGUAUAUGCCUAUUUAUAUUGUGGUAGCUUUACUGAAAUGAGUUAGUCAAUUAGCUGAAUUUAGAAAAGCCCAUUUUCCACCUGCACACAUUAUUUCAAAAUGUCCCUAACAAUAAAUGACCCUUUUUAGUGUUCCGGAUUUAAGUUGAAGGUUUAAACUGCCCUCUAGUGGUAAGAAAGGAAAAUCACCACUCCACUUCCCAGUUUGACAAACAAACAGCCUGUUCAGUACUUGUAACUGUGCUUAUCUUAAUUCAAGAGAGGUUCCCACCUCUGUUAUACUUGUCUCAGAUGACCCUGUUGCUCUUCCUCUAACUGAGAAACCAGGAUGUACAGGAUGGUGGAUGUGAAUGCUUCUCUACUGUCUGAGCUCCCCCUUGGGCCUUCUUUAUAAUGUUGAAACGGACUGAGAGGCAGACAAGCAGCAUGGCCUCAGGUCCUCCCCCCUCCUGCCUACCAAGUACUUCUCCUUAGUAACAGUCAGCUGACAUGCAGUAGGUAGUGCUCAGUGAAGCCCUCACAUGCACACAGAUCACAGAGCUUCAGUCGUUCACGCUCACUCCUCCACCUGCCACUCAGGCCUCAUGGCUCUCACAAUUAAAUCAGAGCAGAAAAAACUCACCCAGACUCCUCUGCUUAAGAUCUGGGUGCCAUGGAUGGGCUGCAACUUGAACCGCAGGAGAGGAUCCUCGGUGCCUCAGUUCUGUAACUCUCCCACCAUGAUUGUGAUGGUGGGGUUGCCGGCCAGAGGAAAGACGUACAUCUCCAAGAAGCUCACUCGCUACCUGAACUGGAUCGGAGUGCCGACAAAAAUGUUUAACGUGGGUCAGUACCGCAGAGAGGCUGUCAAGAUCUAUAAGAACUUUGAAUUCUUCAAACCCGACAAUGAGGAGGCCAUGAGGAUCCGCAAGGCAUGUGCAACAGCUGCCCUCAAAGACGUCGCUGCCUACUUCUCAAAGGAACAGGGACAAGUAGCCGUAUUUGAUGCUACCAACACCACCAGGGAGAGGAGGGCAAUCAUCCUUAGUUAUGCAAAGGAGAGAGGCUACAAAGUGUUCUUUGUGGAGUCAAUCUGUGACGACCCAGAAAUCAUUGCAGAGAAUAUUAAGCAAGUAAAGUUUGGGAGUCCAGAUUACGUGGAUCGUGACAUAGAUGAGGCCUUGGAGGACUUCAGCCAGCGAAUUGAGUGUUACAGGGCCAGCUACAUGCCCAUAGACAAUGAGAAAGACAGGAACCUCUCCUAUAUCAAGAUCUUCGACGUGGGCAGUAGAUACCUGGUGAACCGGGUCCAGGACCACAUUCAAAGCAGGAUAGUCUACUACCUCAUGAACAUCCAUGUCACACCAAGAUCCAUCUACCUGAGCCGCCAUGGUGAGAGUGAACUCAACCUGUUAGGGUGCAUUGGUGGAGAUUCAGGCCUCUCUCCGAGAGGACAGAAGUAUGCCAAUGCCUUGGCGACCUUCAUCAGAGGUCAGAAUAUCAAAGACCUGAAGGUGUGGACGAGCCACAUGAAGAGGACCAUCCAGACUGCAGAAGCUCUGGGAGUCCAGUAUGAACAGUGGAAGGCCCUCAAUGAGAUAGACGCUGGCGUAUGUGAGGAGCUAACCUACGAAGAGAUUCAGGAGAAUUUCCCCGAAGAGUUUGCACUAAGAGACCAGGACAAGUAUCGUUAUCGUUACCCAAAGGGUGAGUCCUAUGAGGACCUUGUCCAUCGUCUAGAGCCGGUGAUCAUGGAGCUGGAGAGGCAGGAAAACGUUCUGGUUGUCUGCCACCAAGCCGUAUUUCGCUGCCUGUUGGCCUACUUUCUAGACAAACCUGCAGAUGAGCUACCUUAUCUAAGAUGCCCACUUCACACAGUGCUCAAACUCACACCAGUAGCUUACGGCUGUCAAGUUGAGUCCUUUUUCCUCAAUAUUGAAGCAGUCAACACACACAGAGAGAGGCCAGUGAAUGUGGACAUCAACAGAAACCCAGAGGAGGCUCUGCUGACGGUUCCUGACCACCCCGUGAAUGCUGUUUUGUGAGGAAAGAACUACAAUCAUGUGAAACUCAACGGGUGGCCACAUAUUAGCUACUAAAUACUAGAGAUGCACUCCAGUGAAAGGUUGAUUGUGUGAAAACAGACAACUCGAAGGAAGGAGGCGUUUAGAUGGUAGAACUGGUACUAUGUUAGAACUAUGACUGAACGGGACAUAUUUGGAGAUAAUGUUUAAAACAUGACUGUGACAUCCUGUGUUUUAUCUUGACUGAAGUUGGCUUUUUUUGGGGUAAAUUGUCACAUUGUUUACAAAUGAUUCAGACACAAAAAUAAUAAACCUUGUUUUGAGGCUGAGAGGAAAACACUUAAAAUGUUGUAUUGAGGUUGUCAUUGCACAGAUGUUUUGUUGAUAAUUGAAAUAUAAAGGUGGGGAUCAGCACCAUGGACAGCACCCAAACAAACAAGACGUGUUGAUUUGGGCACUUGACCAGUACAAACCUUGCCUGAAGACUAAACUUCAGGCAAGGUUUUAUGUAAUAAUGUAAAUAUAUACAGCGAACAUCCAAGACAUUGCUCUGAAAAUAAAUCCAAUGUACAAGUG